CAAAUCAGAGAAAGAGAGAAUACAUAGUGAAAUUCCUUUGAACCAGUUCUUCUUUUGUCUCUCCCCUAAUUAAAUUGAUUGGGUUGAGAUCAAGUGAUAGGAAGAGGAGAAUGAGAACAAGAUCAGUGCAUUCGAGACGCCGGCGAUGGCCUCUGCCGGGGGAGAAGAAGCAGAGGGCGAUAGGAGGAGACAGAAGAUUCACCACCAUCCACAACUAGAAGAGAGCAACAACAAGAAGAGAUCCUCAAUUUCAGGGGCAGCAACGACGGCAGCUCCGCAGGGAACGAAUGCGAGUCCGUGAUAUGCCAAUGGAUCACAUUCAUCUUGUUAUGGUCAUCUCCUUAAUCGUCCUCAGAAUAUCCUCCACCGGUUAGAAAAUUCCUCGUGUGUCCAACAGAAACCCCCAUGCGCCAAAAGCGGCAAGUCGAGGAUCUUCACCCUGAUCGGCACGUGGCGCCCCCAGACCAGCUGGGAGAAGGUCUCCAGCCCCCUCAUGGCCCCCCAAACGAUGGCGGCGAUAAGAUUUGCGGUGCCAACAUGAUUGGGUAUGAAGAGGGUGUAGGAUUCGUUGAUGUCGCGGAUGAGCGGGGCGGCAAGGUCGGUUACGGAGAUUGGGAUUUCAUAGAUCCAAUAGCCACCACUUCAAACGAUCUGUCACAACCACCGCUUCAGUCUUCACCGGCUAGGCGACACGACGACGAGAAGAGAGAUUGAGAGACGGCGGUGGGGAAAUGCAGGGUGGACGGCUAGGGUGUUUUGGAUAUAAACAUUUGUUUUUAUUUUUAUCUUUUUAAUAGUUGGGAAAUGAGGUGAAAAUUUUUUAAAAAUUAAAAAUUAUAUUAUUUUUUAAUUGUCAUGUUAUACAUUUAACGGUCAACUAUAAGAGUUGACUGCCACAUAAGCAAAAGUUAACGGAGUUGGACCGAGAGUGACCAAACUUGAAAUAUUUAAUCAAUUUUAGUGACCACG